UAUCAGAAGCGAACAUGGCGUACCGAGGCAGCGUCCGACCUUUUGUUAACUUCGACGCCAAACACGACGCAGAGAUCCUCCACCGAGCCAUGAAAGGACUCGGCACAGAUGAAGACGUGGUCCUUAUGCUGCUGGCGGCGCGCAGCAACGAUCAGCGGCAGCAAAUAAAAGCGGCGUACAAAACGGCCUACGGAAAGGAUCUGGUCGGCGCUCUCAAGUCGGAGCUGGGAGGUCUGUUCGAGCGUCUCGUCGUGGCCUUGAUGACUCCGCCCGUCUUGUACGAUGCCACGCUGCUGCACAAGGCCAUCAAGGGUGUCGGGACUGAUGACGACGUGCUGAUUGAGAUCUUGGCCUCCAGGAGUGGACCGCGCCUUCGAGACGUCGAUAUGGUCUACAAGCAAGAGUUUGGAAACAAGCUGGAGAAAGACAUUUGCAGCGACACCUCAGGUUACUACCAGAGGCUGCUGGUCAUCCUCCUGCAGGGAGGCAGGGAGCAGGGAGUCAACGAGGCAAACAUCGAGAAAGAUGCCAAGGACUUGUAUGCGGCGGGCGUGGGCAAGUUCGGAACAGAUGAGGAGAAAUUCAUCAACAUUCUUGGAAACAGGAGUGCAGAACAUCUCCGUAAAGUGUUCGCUGCGUACAGAAAGUUGUGCGCUUCCGACAUCGAGGACAGCAUUGAAGGCGAGACCACAGGGAAUCUGGAGAAUUUGCUGCUAGCCGUCGUGAAAUGCACCCGGCGCCUUCCGUCUUUUUUUGCUGAGUCGCUGUACAAAUCAAUGAGGCGCGCAGGGACGGACGACGACACCCUGAUGAGGAUCGCGGUGUCCAGGAGCGAGGAGGACAUGCUAGACAUCGCCGCGUGCUUCAAGGACCGGUACGGCGCCUCGCUCCACGAUGCCGUACAAGUGAACACAAGACGCAAAGUGAGACACGGGCCUUUCUUCUGCGCCUCAGUGUCGUCGCCGAUGUGUGAACGAGGCGCAUUUCAUCUUUUCCAGUCCUGAGAUGAGGACCCUGCAGAAGCCCCCCCCCUCCACCAAACAAAACCCUUUUGUGUUCAGAAUCCCGUUAAUCUUACCUCUAUAAUCCCGUAGAUAUCAUCCACAUUCAGUCAAGGUGAGAUACUGAACCCAAACAAAUGUCUUUGUACCUCAGAUUAAAUCAUUGUCGUCGGUGCAUAAUAGAGAAAAGAGCAGAUUCUGUCUGUCUGUUUGCCGACCUGUCUGUCUAUCCAUCUACAAUGGAAAUAAAAAGUCUAC